AUGAUGAUUGAUUGUUUGUUCUUUCUGUCGUUAGUUUCAACUUUGCUAGAAGAAUUUGACGUUUACCCCGUACUCUUUUCCAGAAUGAGCCGUCCAAUGGAAGAAGAACCAGUGGGGAAGAAUGAGGAAGAAGAGUUCAAUACUGGGCCACUUUCUGUACUCAUGAUGAGUGUUAAAAAUAAUACACAGGUACUGAUAAAUUGUCGCAACAACAAAAAGCUUCUAGGUCGUGUCAGGGCUUUUGAUAGGCACUGCAACAUGGUUCUUGAAAAUGUCAGGGAAAUGUGGACUGAGGUGCCUAAGACUGGUAAAGGAAAGAAAAAAGCUCAGCCAGUAAACAAGGAUAGAUUCAUCAGCAAGAUGUUCCUUCGUGGAGAUUCUGUCAUCAUUGUUCUAAAGAACCCAAAAUAA